AAGUUUAUGGGGAAAGGUAUAAAUCACUUUUAGUUAUCAUUUUUGGUAUGUUCUUUAUCUUUUUUUAGUUUGAAAACAUUCUGCCAAAUGAAAAGACCUGAAAAAUAUUUACAAAUUUAAGGUGGAAAAUUGACUUAAGAGAAUUGACUUCAGAGAAUUGACUUCAAUUUCCUAUACUGUUUUUUUAAUGUGGGCUCAUCUUUCCUGUCAGUAUUGCCUAAUACGGUAUGUUAAUGAAGUCUAUUAACCAUGAUGCUCAUGAUGCGUAUCCCUAAAAUAACUGAGUAUGUACAGUCGUGGACUGUAAAUAUCAUUCCAAAUUUUAGAGGCUGCAUUGCAUUUAAUAAGAAGGAAACGUGUCAUGAGCGUUUAACUGAGUAAUAAGCGAGUAUUACCUAAACAUUCUAAAAAAAAAGUUUGAAAACUAUGUGACAAAGACUAUUCCGACAUAGAUUCUACCUUAACAUUUUUUAAUUCAAGAUUGAAUUAAACUUCCGAAAAACAAAGAAUCGUGCACAUGUUCAUACAAUUAAUAAAGUUUUCUUUUAUUCUAAUUUUAUAUGUUACUUGGUUAAAAUACUCAGAUCAAUCAUAUAUCUGUUUAUCGGAUAGUUGAAGUUUGUACAAAAAGGACUAAUUUUCCCGAAAAACUAAUUCAGUGCUUCUAUUACAUACCCGCUUAUCAGGUUUCGUGACUUUUUUUUCUGAUAGCCCAUAAUUAUAAGGAUGUUUCCAUCAAUAAGAUAAAUUACCGUAUGUUACGCUUCUUAUGCAUCUAUAAAUAAUAAUUAUUAUAUUAAUUAAUUGUUGUUGAAGUUAAUAAAGGUAUUGAAGUGACAUGUAAGAGGUACAUAUACUAGACUGUCAGAAAUAAUGAAACAGAAAGUAGACAUAAUCUGACAUUAGGAAUUCCUCUUCUUUAAGUUUCAUAUUAAUUGUGAAUGAUCAGGAUGGUGUUAACAUGUAUUAGAUGGUACAUGUAAAAAUUUUUCAGAAAAUGUAGUCUUUACUACAGACUUACACACUAUCACAGGCACGUAAAUCUUUAAGAUACAAACUGGAUCAUCUGAUCGACAAAAGUUGUAGAGACAAUGGAACCUUUGAGCAUAAUUCUACUAUGUGUUUUUAUUCCGGUUAUAGUCCUUCUGAUUUUAUGUCUCCUUUGCCUUUCCUUGUAUUGGAAAAAGAAGUGGAAAUCAAGAAAUAUAUCAACUGAUUUAGAGGCACAUACAUGUACAGAGAUAGUGAGCAAGAAUAUAUCCAAAGAGUGUGGGAAAGACACGUUUCGGUUUGAAGACGAAAGAAAAAGCAAAGUCAAUGAUGAAGAGGCGCAGAUUCCACUUAUGGCUUUGGGUGAGAGUGACAGUUCUCAACAUCUGAAUACUAACCAGGAAAAUGUCAUUGAUACAACUGCGUCUAAAAAAUUCGAAGAGCCAAGAACAAAGAGUUACGUUCACACAAAGGAAAUAAGCUUGCAGACUGUGUGUCCUGAAUCCAUUGACAAAUAUACGCAGACUAUAUAUACUGUGGAGAACGAAGGGACACAAACCGAUGAGGCAGAACCAUUAAAUGUGAUGGAGUUUGAUCCUCCAAAGGGAAAUAAAAAUCUUGGGAACACCUGCUUUUUCAACUCAGCGUUACAGGCGCUGUACUUUACCAAAUCUUUUAAAGAUGCUCUAACCACCUUAAAGAAAUCAUCAUCAACCAGUGAUAGUAUGAAAUUGACGAAAAGGAUGUUCGAUUUACUUGAGAAAAAGAAUGUUAACCACACUCAGGAAUUAAGAGGUGUUUUAAAUGCAGUAAGAAGCAUAAAUAAUCAAUUUGGUCGUGGAACACAGGAAGAUAGUUAUGAAUUACUAAAUACAUUACUUGACGGAAUAUUUAAUGAACUUCGUACAGCUAGUGAGAAAGGAACAUUGCAGUCAAAAGAUCUUGAUUCUGAUAAUAAGGGAGUAGGCGUGAAAAAUCUUUUCACUGGGUUAUUCAUUGUGAUCUACGUUUAUGAUUCAUGUAGUGAUGUCGAGGUUGAUUUUGAAGAAUUUACAUCUUUAAGCAUUCCAAUCGUAGAACAGGUGGAACAUGAUUUUGAUAAAUCACCACAUCAUGGUUUACAAACCAUUUCUACAGAGGAACCAUGUAAAGGCAUUGACAAGGGUUUGGCAGUCUUAACACAAAUAGAAGAAUAUGAGGAAAGUGAUUUACCAUGUAGAGUGUGCACUAUAGAGGGAUCUGGAAAAUCUUAUAGACGACUAUUGGUGUUUCAACCUCCUCCUGUACUUGUGAUACACAUUGACAGAUUCACAAUGAAUGAUUCCAAUCGCCUUACAAAAAAUACUAAAUGUGUCCAGUAUCCUAGAAGGUUCAACAUGGCAAAGUUCUGUUCAGUUGCAAACAAAGAACUUUCAGCAAAUGGAUUGUUUUACGAACUCUAUGCUGUAGUUGUGCACUCCGGCGCACUUGGCGGUGGCCAUUAUUAUGCAUAUGUCAACACCACGCGGAGGCAUGACGUCAAAAUAUGGCAAGAGCAUCUCAAUAGAUCGACCGGGGAUGUGGAAAAAUUGAAAAGUACAGUACAAGAAUAUCUGAUGGAAAAGCGUGACCUCCGAGAUAAUUCAAGAUACCUGAAUCCAUACGAAGUGAAAGACAAUUGGUUUUAUGUUAGCGAUAAUAAUGUUCGUUCAACGAAUAUUGGUGAAGUUCUAUGCCAUAAAGAUGCUUAUAUCUUAUUUUACGAGGUGCAAUAACAUACGAGUGUGUGUGUUAAAUGAAAACAGACUUUUUAAAUCAUUGUAUCUAUGACAAAGAAAAGUUUAAUGCAUUAUCAAUUUUCAUUGAUUUUAAUCUAAUCAAUUACAUCUACAUGUAUCCAUACUGUUUGUGUAUUCUAGGGCUAAGGCUUGUUUAUCUUUAAAUCUUUAUUUGAUUCAUCACAAUAUAUUAAAUUAAACGUUUUGAUUUCUUAAUUAAAUACGCAGUGAAGUUUUGAGACUAUUUUUCUUAUUUUGGUAAGAAACAUUUAUAUCCUAAUAUGCGCUUAGAGUUGGCUUUUUGUUUAGACAACGAGCAUAUUUACCUGCGCUUUAAAUCAUCAAAAAUAUGGAAUUCUAAAGUUAUGAUUUAUCAAAUUACAACAUUCACUUUAUUUCCUUUUCUGAAAAGAAAAUAUUUUUUUUGCUUAUUAUAUUAUUAUAUUAAUCAUUUUGUUAUUCUUUUCUUUAUCUGGCUUUUUAAAGUAAAUCCUCAAGU